AUGAACUUCUCUCGUGUAGCUAUACCUGGUGUUAAGCAAACCAUAACGCUCUGCAGCGCGAAGGGAGGUGUGGGAAAAUCCACAUGCUCCGUCAAUGUGGCGCUUGCACUGAAAAACAUGGGCUUCAGUGUUGGUAUUGUGGAUGCGGACAUCACCGGCCCUUCAAUACCCACCAUGAUGAGCGUGGAUGCCUCACAGGUGGAGACAUAUCGUGUGGCUGGCAGUGACCGAUUUGCGCCACCAACGAACUUUGGUGUCAAGGUCAUGAGCAUGGGUCUUGUUGUGCCGUAUGACGAGGCCAUCGCAGUGCGAGGGCCGAUGGUAAACAAAUAUAUCCGAGCCCUGUUAUUCCAAACAGACUGGGACGAGUUGGACUACCUCGUCAUCGAUAUGCCGCCGGGGACAAAUGAUGUGCACUUGACACUGACACAAGAGGUUGUUCUGACAGGCGCGGUUAUCCUUUCCACGCCUCAGAGAGUUGCGCUGGUUGAUGUUCGACGAGGAAUUGACAUGUUUGCCGCCGUCAAUACCCCUAUUUUGGGCAUUGUAGAAAACAUGAGUUACUUUGCAUGCGGUCAGUGCGGCACGAGACACAAUUUGUUUGGCACCGGCGGUGUGAAGGCAACUGCGGAAGAGCUUGGGGUGCCAUUUCUCGGGGAAAUACCAUUCGUGCCGCGCAUCAUGCAAGAUACCGACGCCGGAUACCCACCCGCACUGCGUGGGGACGGCACAAUGGAGGCAGCAGAGCCAUUUUACAAGUUAGCAGAGCGCAUUCACGACGCCGUCGUUGCACUAAAAACAAACAAGGCGAACAAACUCACAGGCGCUGGGCCUUCUAUUAAAUUUGAUGGCUAG